AUGAGGGCAAUGUUUCAGAAUAAUAAUCAUAGUAGUACUCACAACAAUCAUGAAGGAGGGCAAGCUCCUGUUUACAAGCAGUUCAUGACAUUUAAGCCAGCUGAGUUCAGGAGUAGCACAGAUCCAAUUAUUUCUGAAGAGUGGGUUCAGUCCAUGGAAACCAUCUUUGAGUUUAUGCAGAUUACAGAAGUGGAAAGGGUCAGGUGUGCCACUUUUAUGUUGAAGGAUGAUGCACGAAUUUGGUGGCAGGGGGCUAAGGUAGCACUUGAUCUUAACAACAUAACUUGGAGAGAGUUCAAGGAGGUCUUUUAUGGGAAAUAUUUUACUUUGAGCACAAGAAACAAGCUAGAACGGGAAUUUCUGGAAAUUAAGCAAGGAGAUUCUAGUAUUGCAGAUUAUGUGAAAAGAUUUGAAAGAGGCAAGUAUUUUGCUCCAGUGAUUACCGACAAUGCUUCCAUGGAGCUUAAUCAUUUUCUUGAGGGACUCAAUGCUACAAUCCGUAGGGAUGUAUGGCUUAGUAAUCCUUCUUCCAUGAGGGAAACGAUUGACCGAGCUCUAAUGGCUGAGAAGGACAACCAAGAUAUUAUUAGGGAGGCUCAGGCCAAGAGGACCAGUUAUCAAGGAAGGGAUUCUCAUCCAAGGAACUUCUACCACAACAACAACAACCAAAGAUUUUCUCAAAGGCCCCAACAGUCACCACAAUCAAAGAGGGUUCAACCAGCUGGAUCAGUAUCUUCAGCCAAAUUUUCCAACACUCCAAUUCCAGUAUGUACCAUCUGUGGGAAGACUCAUAUAGGGAGCUGUAUUCAAGGGUCCAAUGUUUGUUUCUUAUGUAAGCAGCGAGGGAACAUACAGAGGGACUGUCCCAAGAAGAAUGAGGUUGCACUAGGGAGGGUUUUCUCAAUGACAAGGGAGGAGGCCAACCCUAAGACCACGAUCAUUACGGGUAAUCUUUAA